AUGGCAGACGAGGACGACACGGAUAUCUUCGGAAUCUCCAAUUUCUGGAAAUCUUCCCGUUGGCUAGACCCUCUUGACAAGAAACAGAAUGAGUUUUUCGACCUCGAUAUCCAGGCUUCAGAAAAGUCUUGUUGGGAAACCAUCGAGUCUAGCACUACUGAAGUAGUUUCCGACGAAUUCUUCAAAUUGCCAGCUGCUCUCACCACUUUGAAUUUUGAUGGACAAGCCAUAUCGCAGGAUGACACCGCUAGGCUCCAACUUCCACUUCCCCGAAAGGCUGGUCAGCGCUCUGUCGACUUCUUCAACGAUGCUUGGAUAUCGAACGAGGCUACUCCAAACGUUCGUGCCGAGUUCAAGAGCUGGGAUGGGUUCACUAUGCUGGAUACCCCACCGGCUCCGGCACUGUUCGCGACGGAAGCCGGUGCUACGAUAUAUGAUGCCGUGUUGAGUUCGCCACAGGACCCGCUGAAGAUUCAGAACAGCGACCAUAAUGCCAUUGAAGCUGAUCCGUACACGGCUUCUCUGCUUGCACUUGCUCUAGGCAGGGCAUCCAUUUUCUUCGUAUGGGACCGUGAAAGGUCAUCAUUCACUCCAGAUUUGAACCAAAUGCGAGUUUCAGGAUACUCCGCAGAUGUCCUACAAGGCCUGCAGAAUUUGUGUAUCACAUGCGGAAAUAUCACUCGGUUUCUUUCAGCUAUGGUGUGGAUCACCUACAAGACUCAUCCGUCUCCUGGGAGGAUUGCUCUUGCAAAGGCUGUCGACAUCCUUCUCGUCGCCAUACAAACCAAACUCGGUAGCCAUGCUCGAACAAUCAGGUCACUCUUGCAGCUUCAAUCGAUGAUUCAACCGGUACAUUCAAUAUUGACAUAUUUCAAGUCACUUAUCACGAAACUCGAGAGGGCUAUAAACGAUGAGCAUUUGCUGUCAAUCAUUUUCGACGAGACGCAAGCACUGGAACAUGGUAAUGAAUUGCUGAGCGAAGUCAUGCGCGAAGUUCUAGCCCGAGUCUCUAAACCAUGGGCGGACUUUGCGCAAGAAUGGAUAGGCACCAAGCCCGAAUCAGGGAUCGGUAUCACAAAGGAUGGUCCUGGGCGAAGUUUCGUGAAGGUCGAGAAUGUGGCCUUCAUGGACGAUUUUGGGCUGGAGAUUGAGGAGCCUGAUUAUGUGCUCGACCAUGACCGUAUGCCAGACUUCGUACCAGAGGAAAUUACCCGAGUGAUGUUUGAGACUGGCAGGAACUUACGACUACUACGCACUCAUCUCCCAGAUCACCCGCUAUGUUAUGCAGAUAAUCACAGAGCCAGUGAGUCACCAGCACUCGCGUGGCACUUCGACUGGAAUUCCAUUCAGGGGAUGCAAAAAGAGGUGGAUGAAUAUGAAAUGUCUUUGUUUGAACUCGUCCGCCGCCCUUUAGAUCGAUCGGACGAGCAAAGCCAUGUGCGUAUGCGACAAGAACAAUCCCAAAUAACAUAUGAGCUACAACUUUUCGGCCGAGGCGAAAGCGACAUGGUCGAACACCUGUUGGCAUCCAUCAAGCAACUUAAUGAGCCUCUUCCUGCGGUCAUAGAGGAAAGCGGUCUGUCCCGUUUGCUACUCGACAGACUGCUUGAGAAUAAGCAAGGUACAGAACAGGCGGGCCUAGCCUUGACUCCCCACUGGUCGUUGCUCCCUCUUCUGACUUUCGGCCCCCUCGUCGAGGCUCAGGCCCGGCUGGUCAACAGGGAAUACAUGAAGCUCCUAUUCAGCGCCCAUAACCUACGAGCUCAUAUCACAUUACAAAGGGAAUUCCAUCUGCUGGGUAACGGAUUCUUCUGCACUCGGCUGUCUCAUUCCCUCUUUGAUUCUGAACUCGAGACUGCAGAACGCCAAGCUGGAGUGACCCGAUAUGGUGGCAUGAUGGGCCUUCGCCUUGGGGGAAGAGACAGCUGGCCUCCAGCUAGCUCCGAGCUACGACUGGCAUUAAUGGGUGUACUUACAGAAAGUUAUUUGCCACCAUCUGGGCAUGGCUCGUCAAGGCACCCGUCGGGCGAGAUCAGUGACCUACCUAGACAUCUGAGCUUUGCUGUGCGGGACUUGUCAGACGAGGAGAUCGACCGCUGCAUGGACCCGAGCUCAUUGGAGGCCUUGGAUUUCCUACGGCUAUCCUACAAGCCGCCGUCACCUCUGACUCCUAUUAUGACUCCAGUGAUAUUGGUUAAAUACGACAGGAUCUUCAAGCUGCUGCUUCGAGUACUUCGAAUGCUAUACGUUGUCAGUGAGCUAUUCCGAGACACGAGUGCCAGGACGUCGCAAUGGCGGGGUAUUGACAACACAUCACUGCGAUUCCGAAUAGAAGCACAACAUUUUGUUUCCAGCAUUACAACCUACUUCUUCGACACGGGUAUUGGUAUACCGUGGGCACGUUUUGAAGACUGGCUGGACAAGGUGCAGUCAACUCUGGAAAAUGAUGACACUGAUGCCAAAUCACGUCAUGUUCUCAGCCCUGAUGAGAUGCGGGAAUAUCAUGAGCAAGUGCUGGACCAGAUUAUGCAUACGCUGCUUCUACGAAAGCGACAGCAACCUGUGCUCAAAUUGCUGGAGGAUAUCUUCACCCUGAUACUCCGGUUUUCCAAGAGAGCAUGGGAGGAAGCGCAUGGCAAGCCUGGUUCGAAGUCUGGAACGGCGUCUCCAAAAGAACUGUAUGCCGCGUUCAAGAAAAAGGUUGGAGUAUUCAUUACGGUAUGUCGGGGUAUGAGCGAGAAAGGAGGUCACACCUUGAGACAGACGAAGAACGAAGCCACCAUCGAUGAGAGGAAGGCAGGCCUGAAGGAAGAAAACACGAUUGACCGAUUAUUGCUGCAUUUGGAAAUAACCUCGGUCGAGUACAACUUCAGUAUCAUAAGACCAAUCGAGCACACCGUCGCCGUCAUCAUGUCUCGGGCGGGCUCGGCAAGAAACUUGACUCUGACAGAAGAACUCGAGAAGCUUGAGCAGUCAAUCACGCUCACCCUGCAAGAGAUUGACCGCAACUUCAGCAAAGCCCAUCGCAUCGUUACGACCAGCAUCCUGCCCCUCGUCGAGCAGUAUGGCGAGCAUUCCAAGAAUGUGUGGGAGGCAUCCAAGUUCUGGAAGCAAUUCUUUGAAGCCUCGGCCAACGUGUCCCUGUCCGGCUACGAAGAGCAAGCCAACGAUGAAGAUGCCACCGCCGCUGAUGAGACCACGCGACUCACAGACACCACAACUUCGGAGGACUACACACCCAGCGGGCACGAUGACAGCAGCGCAGACCAGUCAGCCUAUCACGAACAACAGUCCAUGCACCGCGACGUCGAGGAUUCGCUGCUAGACGACGGUUCUCUAGCUGGCAGCACCCCGCGACCACCCGCCACCAAGUCUCUCCGCCCGCAACAGUUGCAAUUCGCCAACCUAGACUCGCCCUACGAGAACCUCCGUCGUGAACUCAAAGGAGAUCGGGACCCUACCGCUAAGAGCGGCCGCGCCUUCCCGGAUUCCGACGACGACGACGACACCACACAGAUCCACACCAAGCUCCUACCCGAUAUGUCGAUGGAACCUCACUCGUCGUCCAUCCUCGAGGCGCCGACCCCUACGCAAGAAUCGAAAAAUGGGAGGAGCAAAGACCCGCUGCUCCACCGCGUUCUGGAUAGGACGUUCCGGAUCCAAGCGACGCCACAUAAGGGCGGCGGUGGAGGUGGAGGUGCUCUUGCGGCGCGGGAUAUCUCGCCCGACAAGACGGAUCGUACGAGGAGGGCGCUGUGGGCGGAUAGUCCGCAGAGCUCGCCGGAGAUCGCGGCCCCAACUUUGAGGACGAAUUUAUAUAGUGCUGGUAUGUCCCCUUUGAAGGCGCCUCGAGGGUUGGGAAGAGCAGCUUCAGGUGUAGGAAGGGGAUUAAGAGAUGCGGGCCCGAGGACUCCGGGAGUUAGCGUGCAGACACCGGGUACUGCAAGGAAGACGAGGGACGUGUAUGCAAGUGAUGGAGGAAAGGGAAAGUUGGCGAGAGAUCCGGAUGAGAUUAUGUGGGAUAGUGAUGAGGAUGAGGAUACCGGGAGCGUGUUGUUUGGGGGGAUGAGCCCGCCAAAGACCAUUCAGUUUGCGUUACCGCCGAGCAAGUUGAUGCAGACGCCAGCGCGAGAAGCGAGCAAGCGCAUCGUCGAAGACAUACUUAUGACUGCCGGCGCGGCCCCUGAGUACGGCGAAUCGUCUGACUACAGCCCGACUAUGGUAAAGAUGAACCAGGACAUACUGGAUGAUACAUUCUAA